UAAUUGCUUAUGAGUAACCUCCUUAAAGUUGGUAGCAGUAGUAAGAAGAGAAAACAGAGUGACCUAGUGAAAGAGAAGAAGAAAGCAGUUAAACGGAAAAAGACCAACCCACAAGCUGCAAAGUUCCUCAGCUGUGGACAAGAUGGCCAUACAACUGCUCGUUCGCAAGAACUUUGCAGACCUUGUGGAGGAAAAGGUUUCGCUUCUGUCAUUGGCGGCCGAUCCGGUCAAAUUUGUCAAGCCUUUGUGGUUUAUCCAAGAUUACUACGAAGAAGAGCAUUCUAAUCAUCUUCCCUACGAUGUUCGUAGGUUACCAUUACCUCAUCGCUUCUUCCCUUUUCCAACUCCCUCAGUACCAUGGCGCCUCAUUACCAUUAGCAUAAACGCCCUUACUCCUUUUUUACUUCCUGGAAGACUUGUAAAGGGUUAUUGGAAUCAACUUGAACAAUUUUGUAAAGUGUUCAACUUCAAAAAGUUAGGCUUCAGAAGUCUCAUUCGAUCUGAUGGCUUCACUAUAGACUUCCUAUUUAGUCACGCUAUCAUUGAUCAUCAUGGCUUGACGUUGGAAGACUUUUCCUAUGAGGAGAUCACGGCAAACUACCGACCCACAAUUGGCCGAAAGACAGUAUUUACAGCAGCAAUCGGGUUAGAAACAAACAUACAUGAGAUACGGCGCUGCUCGACAAAAGAAUAUUACACAUGA